AUGUCAAGCAAACCUGCACCCAUGAAGAAGUCCCCGGCUAAGAAGGCGGCCGAAAAGGCACCUGAGCCCGCCCCGGAGCCUGCCCCGGCCCCCGCAGAGGCUCCACCUGUGGACGCUGCCCCGGCUGAAGCUGCUCCGGCAGCCGAGGGAGAGGCAGCAGCCCCCGCCGCAGAGACCCCCGCUGCUGAAGGAGGCGCUCCAGCUGAUGCCAUAGCCACUGAGGAAGGAGCUGACUCGACGAUUCCUACUGAGGGUAAACAUACACAAGCUGUAGUGCAUGAUGUGUGUGAUGGUGUCCCACUGUGCACUUCACAUGCUGCUCCAGCUGAAGUCGCUGUAGUUGUGGAGCCGCCAAAGGCCCCGACACCCCCGCCUCCUGCAGUCCCCACCAGUGCUCCUCUUAACGUAUCUGUGGAAGAUGUGAACGAAACCAACCUCACCAUUAAAUGGAACGAGCCACAGACCAUCGGAGACUCUGGCCUGGACGGAUACACCAUCGAGUACUGCAAGGAUGGAACAACAGACUGGGUUGUAGCUCAGAAGGAGCUGACCGUCGCUAACAGCUUCUGCAUCCAUAACCUGACAACGGGUGAUCUGCUGCAUGUGCGCGUGGUGGCUGUCAACCCCGCCGGCCGCAGUGAACCUGGAACACUCGCUCAGCCUGUGCCCAUCCAUGAGAUUGGUGAACGUCCCAAGGUCCGCAUGCCACGCGCUCUCAGAGCCUGCUGUGUCAGGAAGGUUGGAGAGCAGAUCAACAUGGUCAUCCCCUUUCUUGGAAAGCCCAAACCUGUGGUGUCCUGGCUUAAAGACGGUAAGCCGUUGGACACAAAGAGGGUCAACAUCAGGAACAGUGACAAGGACAGCAUCAUUUUUAUCCGCACGGCAGAGAGGGACGACUCUGGUGUUUACGAGAUGUCGGUCAAAGUGGACAGCUUUGAAGACAGAUCCACCAUCGUCCUUCAGAUUGUGGAGCGGCCCGGCAAUCCUACCAGCGUGAAGCUGGUGGACGCCUGGGGCUUCAACGCAGCACUGGAAUGGACCCCCCCCAAGGACAAUGGCAACACAGAGAUCACGGGAUACACCGUCCAGAAGUCUGACAGGAAGACCGGGGAAUGGUUCUCGGUGCUGGAGCACUACCACAGGCUUACUGCCACCGUGUCAGACCUCAUCAUGGGCAACUCGUACAUCUUCAGAGUGUUCGCUGAGAACCAAGUGGGCAUCAGUGAGAUGAGCGUUGUCACAAAGGGGGUUGCCACAAUCCACAAGACAGGUAUUGCCUACACGCCUCCCGAGUACCAGGAGCGCGACUACAGUGAGGCCCCGAAGUUCACCACCCCCCUCAGUAACCGCAGUGCCACGGUGGGAUACACCACCAAGCUGCUGUGCUCCGUCCGUGGAAGCCCCAGGCCUCAGAUCGAGUGGUCGAAAAAUCAGAUGAUCAUCGGUAACGACCCCAAGUAUCGUAAGCUCACUAACGAGGGAAUCUGCUGCCUGGAGAUCCGUAAGCCUGGCAACUUUGAUGGCGGCAUAUACACCUGCAGAGCCAUCAACCCCCAGGGUGAGGCCCUCGUCUCCUGCAAGCUGGAGGUCAAACAAAUUAUUCAGGCAGAGUCUGGAAAGUAGAAGGGGAAAUAAACCAAAACCUCCAGAGUGUGUUUAAAGGACCAGCAGAAGUCCAGGUCUUAUGUGUUAUGAUUGUUUGAGGAUGUGAUAGAGAGCCGUGGCUGCCUCUGCAGCAGUGUGUACAUACUGAAGAAAGGGACAGAACAACAUACCAACAUCUACAUAUCUAUUUCCACCCCAACCCAUCCCGACUCACCCACUCCUCCCAGUAUUUGGGGAAGACCCACAUUGCACAACCCAUCCCAGUUUGCCAAUUGUUGUAUGUUAUUUAAGUUGGUGACAUGUGUGUAAGGCUAUAUUUAAAACCUUCUGUUCUGCCUGUGUCCAUCUGCUGUUUGUUACAGUAUAUAUAUAUAUAGAUAUAUAUUUACUACUCAAUAAAACAGUGAAUCCUUAGACAUACUACUGCAAUGACUGUAUGGAUGUUUAAUACAAAAAUAAAAUUGUAUUUUACUA